UCAGAGUUCACGACAACGGAUCGAUUGCCGGCACACGUGUGUACAUGUUGCUGGCGUUGGAGCCUCUAUGGUGGAUUCAACAUGGCUAAGAUAUUGAAGAAGAAUAAAGUGAGUACGAAAGGUACCAAGAAGACACUCAACAAAAACACAGGUACCGAGAAGACCCCGGAAAAAAGUUCAGCUUUUAAAAGGAGAGAAAGGAAAAGGAAAUCUGCUGGAAAACUCAAAGGCACCCUAAAGACUACCAAAAAACCUCCGAUAGAAAAACUUGACUUGGAUAAUGUCGACGAGGAUGAAUUGCUCAACGAAGGAGAAGAGAUCAUCCCAAGUGAAGACGAAGGCGGUAGCGAUGAUGACAGAAAGCAUCAAAAGUUGCUGGAAGCCAUCAGCGCACUGGGAGGUAAGAAGAAGAGAAGACUUGCAGAGAGAUCUGAAGCAACUAUUCAGAUCUCUGAGUUCUCUGUCGAUGCAAAAGGCGAGGGGGAGAUAAUCAACUUGUCCGACCUGAUUCAGACCAUUGCAAAAACUCCGGCGGUCUCUGCCCAGACAAAAUCACACUUAAAGAAACUUAAACUUGAAGAAAAAACGGUAGAUUCCCCUCUGACCAAGCCGGAGACGGAAAGAAUUCAGAGAAACGUCGCCUUUCAGAAAUCUUCCGAGGAGGUAUCUCGUUGGCAGAGCAUUGUAAAACAGAACCUAAAGGCAGAACAGCUGGUGUUCCCGCUGAACCAGGAAGCCCCGGGUCCCAAACCCUUAGAGCAGGUCGUGUGUGGAUGGAAAGCCAGAACCCCACUUGAGCAGGAAAUCUUCCGCCUGCUGUCCGUCAACAAGCAGCCUAUCAACGACCCCAUGCUGACCCCCAUAGAGGAGGAAUCCCUCAAAGCCAUGAGCCUCGAGGACGCCAAGAUCCGGCGUGCUGAGCUGCAGAAGGCCAGAGCGCUGCAGUCAUAUUAUGAGGCCAAGGCCCGGCGGGAGCGGAGCAUCAAGAGCAAGAAGUACCACAAGGUACAAAACAAAGCCAAACGUAAAGAAUUUGUCAAAAAGUUUGACGAGAUGUUGAAGUCUGACCCCGUGAGCGCCCUGGAGGAGCUGCAGAAGCUGGAGCUUGGCAGGAUGAAGGAGAGGAUGUCCCUCAAGCACCAGAACAGCGGCAAGUGGGCCAAGUCUAAGGCCAUCAUGGCCAAGUACGACGACGGGGCCCGCAAGGCCAUGCAGCAGCAGCUGGAGGUCAACAAGGACCUGACCCAGAAGCUGGCCACCACGCUCAGCGACGAGGAGGGAGAGGACGACGGGGAGACGUCGGAGCCAGACAUGCUGCCUGACUUCGUCAACGAGGUGGAGCCGGGCCAGGACCCCGCCAACCCCUGGAUGAGAGGCCAGCUCUCCAAGGACCCGGUCGACCUCACAGAGCCCAGUGUGCCGGAGACCGCAGCCGCUGUCCUCAUAUCUGAGGAUGAGGAGGAAGGCCCGGAGGAGACGGAGGAGGAAGGGCUACUCAGAGGGUUUGCAGAGAGGCGCAAGCAGCGGCAGGAGCAAGAGGCAGAGAACGAAGCAGCGAAGAACCAAGACAUGGAGGUGAUGACGGAGAAGAACAAGGCUGGAGCUGAGAAGGCUGUAGCAUCGCAUGAUGCUGCUGAUGCUGAUAUAGCUGAUGAUGACGAGGAGGAGGAGGAGGAGCUGUCAAAAUUCACAAACAUGUUCCAGGAACUCAAGGACAGCCGCAUGGAAGCGGAAGCUUCAGCCAUGGUGGCUGAGGUGAGUGAACCCGAGUGCGCUCAGCUGCAGCAGGCCAUGUUCAGAAUCAAGAGCCUGGAAGACAUGGAUCUUCUGGACCAGGAAGAACAAGCAGAUCCGGCUGAGCCCAACGCUGAGGCGCCUCAGCCGGCCCCUCUGGAGAGCAAGGGUGCGGACAAGAAGAGGAAGAGGAAGCGAGGAAUAGACCUCGCCGAGGUCCUCACCAAGGAGGCCACGGUCAUCCACGUCCCACUGGCCCCGACGGCCGUGGAGGGCGCGGAGGGAGCCGCCCACGGUCAGGAGGAGCAGAGAGACGUCAUCAAGGAGGCCUUCGCCGGGGACGACGUCAUCUCUGACUUUCUGAAGGACAAGCGGCGAGAGGAGGAAGCUGGGAGACCCAAGGUGGUGGACCUGACCCUGCCCGGCUGGGGGGAGUGGGGGGGCCAGGGGCUCCAGCCCUCAAAAAAGAAGCGCCGGAGGUUCCGGCUAAAGACAGCGCCGCCGCCCCCCAGGAAGGACGGCGGCCUGGCCAGCGUGAUCAUCUCGGAGAAGCGGGACAGCUCGGUCAGCAUGCACCAGGUUGGCGCGCUGCCGCACCCCUUCCUGCUCCCGGAGCAGUUCGAGGUCACCAUGCGCGCCCCCGUCGGGGCCACCUGGAACACCAGGCAGGCGGUCAAGAAGAUCACCAUGCCCAAGAUCGUCACCAAGGUGGGCGCCAUCAUCCAGCCAAUGAGCCGGGACGACCUGCUGAAGCACAGCAGGAAGCAGGAGGAGGAGGGGACCGCCGGAGAGCCGAAGAAGAGAAAAGCACCUCAGAGGAAACGAUCGCAGAAACGCCAUAAAAAGACUAAGAAUUAAGCUUUUUUCUGGCCCUUUGUUAGUUUAACCAUGUUUCUUAUUCUGAAGGUCAGAGUUCCAGAGUGUUUCUUUAAUAUGCGCAGAUGGAAGAAUACAAUUAUUCAUUUAUCUCAACUUCUAGAUUCUACACUCUACAAGGUUCAUGGGGUAAUAUUUUAUAGUCUAUAUCCACUUCGGGUGAUUUCGAUCCUUGAUGCGUGUUGAUAUUGUUAAUGUAACGACUGUAUUGCAAUUCUUCAGUUUAUAGUUAUACAGUGUGUAAUUGAUACAAAUAAAAUUCUCAAGUAAGGUGAACACAUUCUUAAUAAAUUCCUUGCUGGAGUUUAAGUACA